AUGCUGGACACCAUCCACACUGCGAUCCUAGAGAGGGGUGGCAAGAGCCUGUUUUUCACACUCUCCAAGCUCACUUCAGAGGAGGUCUUUAGUAUUUGGGACACCGUUUCUGAAUUUGUUGAAAAGCAUCUUUCCAUGAAUAAGGGUGUCUUAAUACCAGGGUUGGGCACGUUCUCCUUCUUAAGGCAGAAGCUUGAAAUCGGGGCCAAUAAGCAAAUCCUUGUCCAACGGCCUGUGUUCCUCCUCUCUGAGAAACUUGUGCAGACCCAUGGAUUGAAACGUAACAAAAUACGCACUCCCGGUGAUAUCCCGAUCGUUCAGCUGAACUUCAUUGUGCUGUCCUUGGAGGGCCCCUUUAACAGGGAGGUCGUGGAAGGAUGCGUGCGAGAAACCCUCUUGUUUUUCUCGCGGUCCAUCGCCAACAAGCAGAACGUGGAGUUCACAUUCAAGGGGAUCGGCGUCCUCAUCAUCCGGGACAACAGAGUGAAAAUGAAAUUCUACAAAGACUUCCUUCAGGCCAUGGAUGGGAGUGGGACUUUGCUAAAAGCACUUUCCAACAGGCCAGGGACGGGAGAUUCAGUGUUGUCGUGCAGGGAGGCUUCAGUUCCUCUUCUCCGAAACGUCAUCAUGUUUCCAAGGAUGGCGAAGAAGGAAAUGGAAACGAUUGAUGAAGAAGGAGAGCAGCCCAACAGAGAAAAGGAGCAGACAGAAAAAGAGAACAGCAAAAAAGAAAACCUUUCGCCGAAGCGCCUCCUCAGCCGCCAAUCCCUUGCCCCAGCCAAAGUGACAGGGGUCAGUUUGACGGACGAGUUUGAGAAGAACCUGGGCAAAACACUCCCUCCAAGGCCAGCAGUACCCGUUUCCAAUUUGAAGCCAGAACAAGAAACCGCCCCUGCCCUAGUUCCUGCCUCCCCAUCCCGGAUUCCAUCCUCGCUUUGUCAAGAUCAUGGUAGGGCAGGACAGGAAAUGUGCUACCUGUGCAUGCAGCGCGCUCAAAGGAACGUCCCCGUUUACUUGAACGAGGAGAAGAUGAGGAAAGAGAAAGAGGAGGAAAGGAUCAUCGCGCAGUAUCUAGCCCAGCAAGAUGAAGAAGCCCUUCGGGAGCAGCUGCGAAGAGCCUCAGCGAACAGAGAACAGAACCAAAAAAUCGCCGCGUUUAAUCUAGGGGUUGCUGAAGCCCGAAGAAGCCAGAAGAAUGAAAAAGUUCCAGAAGUUUAUAAAUCCUACCUUUUUGAGAAAAGGCCAUCUAGUGCUAGCCUUCAUCAGAAGCAAGAAGUAUACGGGCAACAGCUGGCGAACCAAGUGGAGGAGAAGACCGUGAGAGAAACCAAGCUGAAGGAAAAUCAGGACCUUCUUGACCGUCUGGAGCAAGUGCAGUUAGCGGAAGAGUUAGCUGCCCAAAGGAAAACGUAUUUCAGGGACAAGAUGGCCGAAAUGCAGUGUUAUAAGAAGGCGCUGGAUUCGCAGAUCAAGAUGAAGCCGGCUCGGUUGCCUCCCUGUGAGCCUAAUUCGAACGAAGCCAUCUUUGGGAAGAACGACAUGAGCAAAGAGAAAAUGGAGGAAAGAAGGAAGCUUUCUCAGGAGUUUUCCAGGCAUCAACUGCAGGCGUCUGCAAAUCGCAAGCGGGCCGCCAUCCUCAGCGAGCUGAUAGAUCAGAGGAGGGCAACACAGAUGACCGAGAGGGCAAGGAAACAGUGGAUUGCUGAAAAAGGAGACAGGCUCGAGAAGAUCUUCCAGAUGAAUUUAGCCGUGAAGGAGGACUGGAAGAAGAGCGCAGGGCUGAAAAGGCAACGGGAUUACGAAGAGAAACUCUUUCAGCGGACUGGGGAGAAGCUCUUUCUACUCGACCAGUGUGCAAGGUUUCGCCGUUGCUACCAAUGCAAGAGGAGCCUGAGCAACUGCGGGGAAACCAACGAAUGGGCAGACAAUAAGUAUAUCCCGGGCUCCCGGUUAAUAAUUUGA